AGGUAGCAGAAAAGUAUGUACUCUGUAAACUUCUUAAGUCUGAUUCUCUCUUUUCCCCAUUCCACAGGAGUUUUUCCUGGCUUCAAGAAAUCCUUCUGGACUGAAGACUGGAAACAGAACAUCUCUGUUUAACAUAUCUGAGCCAGCAAAUUCAGUCCCAAUGCAACUUUCUAUUAUUCUUGUUCUGCUGCUGCAGCUGUCUUUUCUUACUUCCUUUACAUUAGGAGUCAGUGAAGGCGAUGUCCAACAAUUUUUUUAUGGAUGCGCUACAUUGUAUAGAACUAAUUCAAAGGGAAAGAACAGGUGACAUAAGUAGCCAGGAUAGGCUUUACAGAGAACUUGCUGAUCACACUCAGACUUUAUCUGCAAUCCUGUCAGUGUCACUGUUUAAUGAGUUAAGAUACCAUGCAUAUAGAACAAUGAUUGAAGACUUGUAUACCUGUUUUCAAUCCAUUUUAGAAGAAUAUGAUGCUAUGCUAAGAUCUCAUGAAUUGAACCCUAGAUGUCUGCUUCCCCCAACAAAAUGGACUGGUUUUCCAGGGCGCCCACGAUAUGACAUCACAUCAUUGCAAAUUUCUCACUGCAUUUCAAUUGGAAUGAACUGGCAGCAGAUUGCAUCUGCCUUUGGUAUUAACCGUCGAACUCUCUACAGAUAUAGACAACACUUGGGAAUCCAACCCUUACAAUAUACUGUGCUGACAGACCAAGACUUAACAAGAGUUGUGACUGACAUUCUACAAAGGACACCAAAUGCUGGUGAAACUUAUGUGCUUGGGAGCCUUGCAUCCAGAGAAAUACGUAUUCAGUGUUGGCGUGUUAGACAGUGUCUACAGGAAGUUGAUCCAAUUGGACGGUCAUUCCGCAGGAGGCGUACCAUACGCCGACGGGUUUAUAAUGUUCAGACACCAAAUCAACUAUGGCAUUUUGACAGUAACCACAAGCUGGUGAGAUGGCGAAUGGUUGUUCAUGGCUGUGUGGAUGGCUUUAGUCGAACUAUAAUAUAUCUAAGAUGCUGUAACAACAAUAGAGCCUCUACUGUGUUGUGCCUGUUUGUAAUGGGAGUGAAUCAUUUUGGUUUGCCUUCAAGAGUAAGGUGUGAUCAUGGAAUGGAAAACACACUUGUGGCUCGUUUCAUGUUGGAAAGACGGGGGCUGAACAGACGUAGUGUCAUUGCAGGCUUGUCAGUACAUAAUCAGCGCAUUGAAAGAUUGUGGGCAGAGCUCAAUAGGGUGGUCGCGAACCAUUUCAUAAAUCUUUUUAGUUUCAUGGAGCAGCAUGGUAUCCUUGACUCUUUGAAUGAGAUUCAUCUAUUUUGUCUACAUGCCAAGAAUUGAAAGAGCAACAAUAGAGUUCAGAAACCAAUGGAAUAACCAUGGCCUCUCCACACAGAAUGGGCAGACUCCACUUCAGUUGUGGCACACAGGUGUCAUAAACAACAUGGCACAACAAAAUACAGCCGUUGAUUCUAUUUUUGAGCUACAUGAAAAUUUUGGAGUAGAUUAUGGGGGACCAUUGCCCGAUAUUCAGACUAGAAAUAAUGUUGUUAUUCCAGAUAUUGAUGUAGGCAUAAAUGACACGGCACUUAAUUUGAUGCACCGCACAUUUGAUGCACUGCAAAAUGAUGGAAACUAUGGCAUCGAUUUAUUCUGCUCUGUAGUAACCUUUCUUGAACAAUAUCAGUUGUAAUCUACAGAAUUGAGUUUUUUUGAGCAAAAUUAAAAUUUUGAAAGUGAAGAUAAUCACUAAAUGUUUAAAACUGAAAUGUUCUGUCACUUUGUGAGAAUACAUUUACAGUAAUAAGAUUUAAAUGCGUAUUGUAUUUUAUUUGAGGUUUAGAAUGUAUGUAAAGCUGAAAUAAACAGUACUGACAAUA